AUGGGUGGUUUCUCGAGAAUCUUGGGCUCUUCUACUGACGGACCUGUAUAUGCGACAGUACCAGUAGACAACAGCGCUGCAAUGGAAGACAAGAUCGUGGCAGACCAACAGGAUCAGGGACAGCAUGCUUAUGCGUAUCCUCAUCAGUCCUACCCGCAGCAGCAGCAGCAGCAACAGCAUGUCGUCUCACCGCAGCCAUCGAUAGGCCAGUUUCAACCAGUGCAAGCUGUCUCACCGGAAACCAUCUCUCAGACCAGAUUCUCUCAGGCGACAUUCCCUCACAACACUUCACCAUGGCUUGACCCGCAAAGUCCCAACCUUCGAGACAGUCCCGGCUACGAUCGCACUUUUGACAGCCAUAGAGGACUCAUGGGAAAUGACCCAGCCAAUGUGCCUUAUGAGAAAGCACCCGAUGUCCACGUCGUCAACCGACCGACCAAUGCCGUCCAGCCGAAGGGACCGCUUUUGUACAGGGCCAUGAAAAGUAAGUGGUCCAUGAUUGCUUGCUUGGCCAUUGGAGUUGCCGCCGCUAUCGGUCAUCACUUCUUUUACAACCACCUCGACGGCCGUGAAGCUGUGAAUCAACAAUGGAUGCUCCGAGUUGGACAACUCAUUUCCUUCAUUGCCAACGCCAACUUCAUCCUCGCGGCCGUCAUGGCUCAUCAACAGGUAGCAUGGCGAGCCGUGGGUCAGAAGGGAUUCUCGAUUUAUGCCGUCGACUCUCUGUUCGGUGCCACUCACAACCUCGUCGAGCUUUUCAACCGUGAAGCUUGGGCCAAGUCUUGGUUUGUCAUGUUUCUAGCUCUUUACAUGUGGUUCAGUCCUGCCGUUGUCAUUCUUACCUCAGCUACGUUAUACGUUGUUCCUGGUGAGAGCGUCCAAGAGACCCUUUGUCCUUCCAUCCGCACUCUCAACUUUAGCAACGAAGCAAAAGAGAGCUUUCAGACUCCCAAGAAAGCUGAGGGCGAGAUCAUGAACGGUCGCUCUCUCUCUGGCUACAACUGGACUGCCACUGGUGGUAACCUUGCGGAUGACGCCAAGACCAACGACAACGUUUUCGAAUACUACAACGUCCCCUCGUCUUCUCUGGAUCGUAUCGCUGCCGGUGUCUUCUCGAGUAGUCAGACAACUUACAAGGCCAACAUCUCCAAGGAAAUCUGUGGCGAAGGUUGGGAUUGCUCAACGACCAUCCAUUUUAUCGCUCCUGGAUACAAGUGUGAAGAGCUUGCUCGCGGCGUCGGAUCCAAGAUGAAGCAAUUCGGGAAUGCAGAGCCGCCUUUCAAUCUCACCGACCUGGUCCCUGCUGGUAACUACACCUACCUCGCCAAUACUGACCGCGGAGAGUAUAUGCGACCGCAGAUCGACAACGUCACUAUUGGUGGUAUCCCUUCUGAAGAAGAUGGCCCUGACUUCCCUGAGAACCUUGGCGUCUUUAGAACUGAGCCUAGCAUCUGGAUUGGGUAUGCUGAAGUCCAGGACCACACGAAGGAGCAUGCAAAGGACCAGGACGCUGAUGGAUGGUACGACGACUACACCCCCGUAAUUUUUGCUUGUGAUCACUGGGAGGUGAACUACACUGUGACAUUCAACUACACCGCAGGAUUCCAGAAGUACGAGAUUACUGAACGGGAUUACAAGAAGAAGAUUAUCGACACAGAAUGGAGUAGCUGGACCAACGAAUCCACCGAUGGAACAGCCGAUGGGAACGAAGCUACACCAGAGAAGAACUAUGUCAGCCCUCGUCAGGACUAUGCCAGAUAUCGUCGAAUUGCCGCGUUCCACAGCCUGGGAUUACGACUUCGGGAAAUGCUUUUUGGUAAUGUCAAGGUCCAAGGCGUGGUGCUAGCAGACGGUGCCAUCACCACAACAAACCUUCUCGACCGACACGAGAGUCUUCCAAUCCACGACUUCCAGCGAGAAGUGAGCCGCAUCUACGAAGACCUCAUCAUCUCACUACUGUCCGACCCUCAAUUCCUUGCUGUCGCUUGGGCAGCGGACCCUUCCAAGCUAUCUGGUACUGGUGUUGGCGGCAAAGAAACUAAAUACGCCUGCGAGCGACGUCGUAAGGCCAAUUUCUUUGACUAUGGAUGGUCCAUUCUUGUCGCCGUCUAUGCGGUGUCUUUUGUCAUUGCAUCAAUUGGAGUCUACUACGGAAUACAGGCGAUGACUAGUGAUGGCACUGAUGCGCAACGUGUCAUGACGUUCUCUGCUAUUGCUGGAGCGACCAAGAAGGUCACUGUGGAUGAGGCUGAGAGGAAGGCGACCAAGAUUAGGUGUUUCCCUACUGAGGAACGACCAGGAGAAUAUGAGUUUAGGGCUGAGUUACAGGGAUAA